GUCAGUAGAAUUCGGGAGCACUGAAGCCAAUGGAUAUUGUUGUUAUCAGCUACUGAAGUUUUCUCCUUAGUAUUAUUACCUGAAGAUGCCUUAUAUAAAUGUUUGGCGCUACAAUCUGUCAAUGAUAUGAUUUCAGGAUAUGUACGGGAGUUCUCGGAUAUGUCAUCACAGUCCGUUGUAGGAUUCAUGGCUUCGUUGCACAUUUAUGAAUUAAUUAAUUGUCGUUGGGCUGAUGAAGUUACUCAACAGUUGGAUAAUUUGCAAUCUCAAGCUACUUCAUCUAGAUCUGGUAGUGGUCAAAAUGACUUGCUGGGAGGAGCAUCAGUUAAUAAUACAUUAUCAACAUCCAGUACUGAGGUGUAA